GUUGACGUUUACUUGAAUCUUUUAGGUCGCUUAAAUGUCAGACGUAAACGAAGAUGAAGACGAGGAUGAAGGCGAUGGCUCAGAAGGCGAGGACGAGGGCGAACAUCAAGACGAGGAUAACACUGAGAUUCCUUGGAGUACCCAGUUCAUGGAAUCGGAGAUUUUUCCGUCUCCCAUCGAUUUGAAUAUCGGGAGAAUGACCCAAAAAGAAUUGACACCAUUGAUUUGGUGUCAUUACGAUAAAUUUCCAGCAAAAUUGAAAAUCACAAACACCGGAAAAACGGUCGUUUUAAGUGCUAAAUGGCAUGGAGAUGGUCCAUUUAUCACAGGUGGACCAUUUUUGUCGAAACAGAUAUUUUCUCAACUUCAUUUACACUGGGGUCCGAAUGAUAUGGACGGAAGUGAGCAUUCGGUCGAUGGCCAAAGGUCUAAAGUUCCAAAAUAGAUUGAAUUGUGUCAAAUUUAUUUGAAUUCUAAUGAAAUCAGGUCGGUUUGUUAAUCGUUCCUUUCUAGAGUAGUUCCUCACCAUUCGAAUUAAUUUUCCCUUCUCAUUAAGGGCUGAAUUUGUUGCGAAAAGUGGAAUCACUCUCGUAAAGAAAGGAAAAGUUAUGAUAACGUGUGAAGACGUAUUCGAAACAGAGCUGAACAAUUUUCACAUCAAAAUCGAACAGUAACCAAAAGAAAAAAAUUUUUUAAUGAAAAUAAAAAUUUCUCGUUCCCUCAGUUUUCCGAUGGAACUUCACGCCGUUCAUUUCAAGAGUGACUACGUCAGUCACGAAGCUU